GCCUAGUGUCACUGACGGCUUUAAUUUUGUCUUCUAAGGAUAACUUUUAUCGUAAUCAAUACGCAAGAGUUUCCACGUUCUUGAUAUAAUUUCAAUCGUCGUUCAGAGGCGGUUUCUUGGUCGACCGUCUUGUAUUGGUUAUCGCCAAGCUGCCAAGCUGAGGUGCUAAAAUUUCGAGUCCCCGAAGCGAAUGCCAGUAAACCUGGACCUACCACGCAUCACAAGCAAGUCGGGGGAGGUGGCCUGGACGAGAAUGGCGGCCGCACCGUCAGAGACCACCGCCCGCCUCCGAGCUCUCGGUCUCUCCAGCACCACAGUCUAUGUGCCUCCCGAUCAUGCCUACAUUAAAUACGACCAGACUCAAAACGACUCAGGCCAGACCGACAGCUUGCAAGAGAAAGUGGUACAAAGUUUGAAGAAGAGUUGCACGUGUAGCAAGGCCAAGGCCAAGAAGUUUCUAUUUACCAUACUGCCCAUACUGGCAUGGCUUCCGAAAUAUCGCAUCAGAGAGAACAUUGUGGGAGACGUCGUAUCUGGGAUCACGGUGGGGAUCAUGCGGAUACCGCAAGGCAUGGCGUACGCUCUGUUGGCAUCUGUGCCGCCAAUUUUCGGCCUCUACUCGUCGUUCUUCCCCGGCCUCAUCUACGCGAUCUUGGGAACUUCGAAAAAUCUACCUUUUGGCACCAUGGCCGUUGUGAGCGUCAUGGUGGGUUCCUCGGUAGAACGGCUGGUCCCUGAGAGAACGGGUCUGCCGGCGAUGUCAGACAACACGACAGCGUUUAACGCCACAGACGACUAUCUCCAACAGCUGUGGAUAGAGGAUAAGGUGGCGAUCAGCGCUACCCUAACCCUCAUGGCGGGGAUCUUUCAGCUGGGCAUGGGUAUCUGUCGGCUGGGGUUCGUCACCAUCUACCUGUCGGACCCCCUGGUCAGCGGCUUCACCGUCGGAGCGGCCUUCCACGUGGUCGGGAGUCAGGUGAAGUAUCUCCUAGGACUGGAGAUACCGCGAUACAGCGGGCCUCUCUCCCUGGUCUAUACGUUCAUCGACGUAUUUAGACUCAUCACGCAGACGAACGUGGCAGCCCUCAUAACCUCCCUCAUUUGCAUAAUCAUAUUGCUUAUCGGGAAGGAAGUGAACCUGAGGUACAAGGACAAACUCCGAGGCAUCCCCAUCCCUACAGAACUCAUCGUGCUGAUUAUUGCCACACUGGUAUCCUAUUAUGCUGAUCUGAACGGAAACUACGGUGUGAACAUCGUAGGCGAUAUUCCCACAGGACUUCCAGUUCCGAAGGCUCCCGAUGUUUCCCGACUGCUCUACGUACUUCCCGACGCCAUCGUCCUGUCCAUCGUGUCCUUCGCCGUGUCUCUGACUCUGGCCAAGCUGUUCGCCAAGAAGUACGGCUACAGUAUCGACGACAAUCAGGAGCUGAUAGCGUACGGCGCCAGUAACCUGUUCUCCUCCUUCUUCUCGUGUUUUGUCGGCUCCACAUCCAUCUCCAGAACAUCAGUGGCUGAUGCUGCCGGCAUGAAGAGUCAGUUGAUGACGUUUGUGUCUGCUGUACUGUUGCUGAUGGUACUAUUGUUCAUCGGACCGCUCUUCAGGCCACUCCAACAGUGCGUGUUGGCGAGUAUAGUAGUGGUAAACCUGAAGAGCAUGUUCAGACUGUUCACCGAACUCAAGCCGCUCUGGAAACUCAGCAAAGUCGACUGUAUGGUGUGGGUGGUGACGUGGCUGGCUGUGACGUUGCUGGGGUUGGACAUCGGCCUGGGGGUAGGGGUGGGGUUCUCCCUCCUGACCGUGGUGCUGAGGACACAACGCCCCAACACCACCCUGCUGGGUCAGGUCCCCAACUGUGACAUCUACAGAGACUUAGGGAACAACCAGGUCAAGGAGAUCGACGGCAUCAAGAUCUUCCGGCUGAACAUGUCUCUCUGCUUCACCAACUGCGACUCCUUCAAGACGGCCCUGUACAAGAAGACCGGUCUGGACCCGGUGCGCGUCUUGGCCAGGCGGAAGAAAGAGGAGAAGAACAGGAAGAAGAGCGAGAAGAACUCGGCGGAGAUGGGCAAUGGCGUGGCUAACCCAGGCAUGGCGCACACGGAGGAGGACGAUACUAUGGGACAAAAUGGCGGCAUCGCCAGCAUGAAUCACAAUGGGGUAGAAGUCAAGAGAACCGCUGACGUCACAACUAUAAUCUUGGACUGUGGACCAAUCAACUUCGUGGAUUCUGUUGGCAUGAACACGCUUAUACAGGUGUACAAAGACUACAAGAGUAUCGAUGUCAACUUUCUUCUUGCACACGUAAAUCCCGACAUCCGGGUACAAAUGCAGUCAUGUGACUACUUUGAGAAGGUCGGAGGUCAAAAGCUGUUCGUGAGCGUACACGAUGCUGUCUUGUUCGCUGUGAACAAGGAUCUGCCGGUGACGGAGAGACCUACCCAAAAUGUCAACUAUGAGAUGGAGACCCACCUUUGACGUGGACGUGACGGUGUUCGGGUUCUGCAAUAUGUAAUAUAGGAUAGAUCCUGACAUUGUGAUAGACAUCAUGAUAGUGUUUGCUGCAAUAUCGUUGUUUGCCUUAUCUCAGGAUGCAAGAAGACUAUAUUAUACUUAGACUUAAAUGUGUCGUGAAUAUGUGUAUAACGAAACAUGGGUUUCUACAUGUUUUGUAUCUAUGGAUAUCGUGAUUUUAGGAUACAGGUAAAUACGCCCAUCUUGUCGUAUAGUUUAACUGGGCGUUAUAAAGUUUUUAUUUUGUUAUGAUGAUAGGAAUAACUCUAAUUUUGUCACUUAAAAUUUAGAAUGUAUGUUAAGCUCAAAUGAGAGAAAUAUGAUUGCAAAGAUAGCAAUUAAUGUCAUUUCAUUGCGUUGAUGAUGAUUAUGUUCUUCAAUAUGAAAUUAAAAAAGAAAUAUUUCAAAA